UGUUCCGUAUAUAUAGGAACGGGCCAGGUGCAGUCCCGACAUACUGUAAGCUACAGUCUUUAAUAGGUAACGUCAGUUCAACCACUUUUAUUUACGGUGGUAGUCGUGCGUGGACUUCGUCGUCCGACCUCCUUGCCCUUGACAGAAUGACUUCAGCUGAAGAUAUCGGCAAUGCCGACUAUAAAUCUGCAACAUCGAUUUACGACUUUACAGUGUUAGACAUAGAUGGGAAUCAAGUGUCACUGGAGAAAUACAGGAAUCAUGUCUGUAUUAUUGUAAAUGUUGCCUCAAAGUGUGGGUAUACCCAUGUGAACUACACACAACUUGUGGACUUGUAUGACAGAUUUGAAUCAAAAGGUUUGAAAAUUUUGGCCUUUCCAUGUAAUCAGUUCAUGUCACAAGAGCCUGGCACUAGUGAAGAAAUCAAGUGCUUUAUCUCUGGAUACAAAGGAGAUGGAAAAUUCGACGUAUUUUCUAAAAUCAAUGUUAACGGAGAAGAUGCUCAUCCGCUCUGGAAAUACCUCAAAGAAAAGCAAGGCGGUUUGCUUAUUGAUGCAAUCAAAUGGAAUUUCACCAAGUUUGUCAUCAACAAGCAAGGGCAGCCAGUGGAACGAUCUGCCGCCAACGUCAAUCCUUUUGACAUGGAAAAAACCAUUGUGAAGUACUUAAACGAGUAACUGUCAUCGACUUGUUCUCAUUUUUGAAAAAUUUAGUUGAAAAUAUCAAACUGCAACUUUUCCAUCA